UUACCAUCGUCGUACAUGUUUUGCAGAUGUACCUGCAAGGUGGAAUCCAAGAAUUGCACACCACCAACCACUACUUUGACAAAUGGUACCACAACCUCUGACACAAUCACAAGUACUACUACUACUAUUAGCAGCGAACCCACCAUUGCUGCAUCAUCUGGUCCAGCCAGCGACACUGCAGCCUCCACAAAAACUACUGAUACUACAGCAUCUGGCACACAAACUGACACACCUACCCCAGGUCCAGCGAGUGGCAAGACAACAUCCGACACACUUACUGAUAAACAAGACGGAUCUCAGAUCGGAGUGCUCGUUGGAGGAGUCGUUGGAGGACUCUUUGGGGGCGUCAUCAUCACGGUUGUCAUCGUAUUCCUUUGUCGUGCAUGUCGCUUAAGAAGAAGACAUACAGAAGAUGAAGACGGAGCAGGGACGAAGGAAUCCCACACCUAUCUGGGAUUGAUUCACACCACCAGUUCCAGUGGUAAAUCCCCACGUGGUAAAAAUGAGGUGAAAUCCCAAGUCCCGGAUCUCAUUAAGGUUUCAGCUGUACAACAAGCGUCCAGUGCCCCGUCAGAUGUGUAUGACGUCAUCAAAGAGGGAGAAGACAACCAGCUGGAAGUGGAUCCUUCUGCCUGCGACCAGGGAGACUAUACGGACAUAACAGAUGACAUGAUUGGGGCAGCUGUGUAUUCCCAGGAGAAGGAUGACCCGACAGACGGCGACUAUAACAAAUUGGUCAGAGAUGGCGCUACUGAGACAGGAAGUGAUGUGCAGGGCACAUACAACAGGCUGGGCAGAGAGGGCGCUACUGAGACAGGAACUGAUGUGCAGGGCACAUACAACAGACUGGGCAGAGAGGGCGCUACUGAGACAGGAACUGAUGUGCAGGGCACAUACAACAGACUGGGCAGAGAGGGCGCUACUGAGACUACAACUGAUGUGCAGGGUACAUACAACAGACUGGUCAGAGAUGGUGCUACUGAGACUACAACUGAUGUGCAGGGGACAUACAACAAAUUGGGAUCAAUGGCAGUUGGCAAUGAAGACAAUGAGCCAGCUGGAAACAACGGUACAGCAGCUGAUUAUUUCGUCGUUGAGAAACCAGAAGACACAUACAACAAACUGGAAGGGAAACGCUCCGCUGAGGAAGAACAAGAACCUUACACCAAACUUGGAAAGGCGACACCCGAGGGAGUCAGAACCCCCUGAUGAUCCAGGUAGACCUUCACGACAGUACAUUCUGGAGGAUCACUCUCAGCCCCACAGUACAUGUACAGUCACCUAUUCAGAUAUGAUUUGAACUUCAUACUAUGGAUUAUGCAUACCACUUGCCUCUUUAAGAACACAAAUGCAACCUUGUUUCAUGUACACAAUAUAUUUACCCGAGAAUAUAUCUUGUCCAUAGAGGUCAGAUUCACGUUGACUGGAUAACCGAGUUGGAGCUGACUGAUGUCCCGUGCCAGCAAUAUUCCAGCUAUAUGACGACGGUCUGUAAAUAAUCGAGUCUGACCUGCUAUUAGACAUAAAUCCGUGAACAUAUGUUGUUGAAGUAACCGAAAGUACUGGAUCGUUGAUGUGGCCCAGUCAUCUAAAGCGCCGCAAUUCGUUGUGCAGAGUUGCGUCCCUUGGGCACGCAAGAAACCUAUGAUCUAGGGUUCGAAUCCGCAUGUAUGCAAUUAUUGUUUCUGUUAAUCCUCCACCUACUAAAUAUAUUUUCUAUCAUGUUCAUUAUCCAGCCUUGCUUGACAAAGGUAUAAGAAUCUUUACCGACACGUCGCCUUUACAGUAAAUAAAGAAGUUGUCGUACA